AUGUCCACCGAAAAUCAUAAUCCUCCUAUAUAUAAUUCGAAUGAAACUACUCCUCGCCUCACCCAAGAGACCCUAUCCAUUCCUCCUCCUACAUCAGACAUGGGCGCGCAGUCCAAAGACCCAUGCACCAUCGGGGACCACGCGUCAGAAUUCGACACCGCGGAAGCAAGAGACCUAGAGAAAGAAGAAACGGACAUUGAACGUGCAGGUGUUCAACAGCCGGAGCCAGAGAAAGCGUCUGCAAAGGAUCCCAAUCUAGUGGAGUGGGAUGGGCCUGACGACCCCGACAACCCGCAGAACAUGCCCAUCUGGAAGAAAUGGGUCUUGACAAUGACGCUGUCCUCGAUGACUAUGUGGAUCACCUUUGCGAGUAGCGUCUUCUCAACAGCGACGGUAGUGACAGCCAAGGAAUUCCACGUCUCGACGGAAGUCAUGACCUUAGGUACCAGUCUGGUGGUCUUCGGCUUCGCUCUAGGUCCCAUCGCAUGGGCUCCCAUGUCUGAGCUGUACGGACGCAGGCUGCCGCUCUUCCUGGGGUAUACUAUCUUCGCCAUUUUCCAGAUUCCCGUUGCCGUGGCUCAGAAUCUCCAGACUAUCAUGGUUUGCCGCUUCCUUAUGGGUGUUUUUGGCUGCUCUCCCCUCGCGGUGGUCGGUGGUGCGAUGGCCGACUUCUGGGAUCCUGUUGACCGCGCCAUCGCCAUCGCCUUGUUCUCCUCCGCUACCUUUGUGGGCCCGACCUUAGGGCCUAUCAUCGGUGGUUUUAUUACCGAUUCGUAUCUCGGCUGGAGGUGGACUGCCUGGAUCACCCUGAUUGCGUCUGCAUCGUUUGGCAGCUUGGCCUUUUUCAUUGUCCCCGAGACUUAUGGGCCCGUCAUUCUUCAGCGACGUGCUGCUCGACUGCGCAAGGAGACUGGCAAUUGGGCCCUGCAUUCGUUGCUGGAUGAAAGCCGUCCGACGGCAUCGGAGAUCGUCUAUAAGUACCUGCUGCGCCCUAUCCAAAUGCUUUUCCUCGAGCCGAUCCUGCUCCUCAUCACAAUCUACCUCGCUUUGGUGUACGGAAUCCUCUAUCUUUUCUUCGAAGCGUACCCAGUCUCGUUCCAGGAGGUCCGUGGCUGGACCAACGCGGGUAUCGCCGGACUUCCCUUCAUCGGAAUCCUGAUCGGAGUCGGUUGUGGCGUGGCUUUGAUCAUCUGGCAGACCAAGACGCGGUUUGCGCGCAAGCUGGCGAAGCAUGGCCGCGUGGUCCCCGAGGAGCGUCUCGUCCCCAUGAUGAUUGCGUCUGUGAUGCUGCCAGCCGGUCUGUUCUGGUUCGGCUGGACUUCGAGUCCUGACAUCUCAUGGGUGGCUCAGGUGCUUGCCGGCAUCCCGAUCGGAAUGGGCAUUCUGGUCAUCUUCAUGCAGGGUCUUAACUACAUCAUCGACGUGUACAUGAUGUUUGCCAACUCGGCCAUUGCGGCCAACACUCUGAUCCGGAGUAGUCUCGGCGGUGCCUUUCCCCUGUUCGCCGUCCAGAUGUAUCAGAAACUCGGCGUGGAUUGGGCUUCGAGUCUGCUUGGGUUCAUCACGGUUGCCAUGAUUCCCAUCCCGAUUGUCUUCUACAUCUACGGUAAGAAGAUCCGGGCGAUGAGCAAAUUCACACCCAAGCUUUGA